AAUCUAUUCAUGUAUAUAAAAUGGAUUAUAUGUGUAUGCUAAUAACAAAACUAUUUUAAAGAAUCUGUGAAGAGAAAAGAAUAAGAAAAACAAAAGAACAUGUGUUUGUCUAAUAUGUUAUGGUAUAAUUCAUAAAUUGAACAUUGAUCAUUAUAAUUAUGUCAACUUUGAAAUAUUUAUGGCCAUCUACAGCAUUUGUUUUAGGUAAUUCAAUGGGAUUUAAUACAUCGAAUGGUAAUACAUUUAAUUCAUUGAAUUCUACAUCAUUCUCAUCAUCAUCAUCAUCAUCAUCGUCAUCGUCAUCAUUUUCAUCUGAUGUAUCACAACAUUUUAUUAGUUCAAUGAAUUCUAUUACUUCUAAUGAAUUAAUACAUUCUAUAGCUAAUUCAUCAAUGACACCAGAACUAGUUCAAAAUUUAAAUGAUCUACAUACUUUAAGUCAUGAUCAUCUUAAUCAAAAUGAUAGAUUUCAUCAAAUGAAUUCUUAUUUACAUAAUAAUAAUAAUGACAAUAAUAGUAAUAGUAAUGAUAACAAUACUUUUACACACAUAAAUGAACUUACAGAUCAACAACGACAUCUUAAAAUGGAAGAAUGUGGUUCUUCCAUACUGAGUAAAAACACUACUGUUGAUACUAGUAAUACUGGUAAUGCAACAUCAAGACCUUCUUGGUUAUGUAUAGACAAUAAUUAUAAUAAUAAUAGUACAUCUUUUAUGCCUAUAACUUGUAAUCAUAGUUAUGAUGAUUCAAAGUGUCAAUGUGUCAAUGUAGUUGCUGCAGCGGCAGCUGCUAGUUAUGCACGUUCUUGUUUAUAUCAUGGUGUUGCUAUGGCUGCAGCGUCAUACAAUAAUUUUGACCCUUGUACAAGAACAAUGACUACAACUAGUUUAACGAAUUCAUUUAGUACAUUGAAUAGUUCUACUAAUAUAUCAAAUAUGAAUUCAUUAUAUCCAAGAUCAUUUUGUAAUUCAACAUCAUUGGCAUCAGCAUCUACAGCAUUACCAUCUUCAUUAUUGCCAGCCUAUCAUUCAAUUCAUAAUUCACGUGAUUAUCAUCAACAUAAUCACCAUUCACUUUCAUUCCCUGUAAUGCAACAAACGAAUUCAAUGUUUUUGCCACCUCCACCACCACCACCACCUACUUGUCAACAAUCAUCCAUGUUUGAUUUUAAUGCAUUAAAUUCAUAUCCCUACUCAAAUUAUCAUCAACGUAUUGGAAAUUCGAAUUCAAAUAUGGUGUUGGCUGCAGCAGCUGCGCAUAAACAUGUACAAUACUUUCAAGGUAUUUACUCACGUGCUAAAUCGAAUAAAGCCAAAGGACAUGGUGGAAUAAAUCAACUUGGAGGUGUUUUUGUCAAUGGACGUCCAUUACCAAAUCAAGUUAGACAACAAAUAGUUCAAUUGGCCAAUCAAAAUGUCCGACCAUGUGAUAUUAGUAGACAAUUAAGAGUUUCACAUGGUUGUGUUAGUAAAAUUUUAGGACGGUAUUAUGAAACUGGAAGUAUACGACCUGGUGUUAUUGGUGGAUCAAAGCCAAAAGUUGCAACGGCAUCCGUUGUUGAAGCUAUCUGCAAAUAUAAAGAGGAUAAUCCAACUAUGUUUGCAUGGGAAAUACGUGAUCGUCUAUUAAAGGAUCAAAUAUGUACAGUAGAAAAUGUACCAUCUGUAUCAUCAAUUAAUCGUAUUGUUAGAAAUAAGGAUAAUCAAACUUCAAUGGAACCACAUAAUGUAUUAUCUAGAAAACGUGGUCAUCGUCAUAUUCAUAAUACAUCACCGACAAAUAAAACUCAAUUAAGUCAAGAUUCAAAUUAUCAUGAUUCACCUGCAACAACACCUUUAAGUCUUCAAACUGAUUCUUCACCAAAAUCAAUUAAACUAUGCGAUUUUGGACAAGAAAACUAUAUAAAUCAUAGUCCAAUAACAUUAUCAGUAGUUGGAGGUAGAUCAACAUCAAUAGGAACUUUAGCAACAACAAUAACAACAACAACAAAAUCUAAUACAUCAUCUCAUUCAGUAAGAUCAUCGUUUAAACAAUUAAUGUUCACAGAUAAAACAACUUCAAAUCUUUUAAAUUCCGAUAUAAAACGUUUUCAUCAUUCACCAACAAUGUUUAAUAGUUCAAUAAAUGGAAGGAUAUAUGAUAGUAAUAGUAAUAAUAAUAAUAAUAGUUAUCCAGAAGUUUCUUAUACAUUUCCUAAUAAUAAUAAUGCCAUUAAUUCAUUGCAAUAUUCACAAUUUACACCAUAUUUUAAUCGAAAUUAUGGCGAAACUAUUGAACAUUUAAAUCAAGCGGUAAAUUCAAAUUUAUCAAAUGUGAUUUCAUCAGAAAAUUGUGAAUCAUUUAAAAAUCAAUUAAAUAAUUUAAAUUUUAAAUUUAUUGAAGAAAUGAAUGAAAUAGAUGAAAGAAAUUAUUUAACUAAUUAUAAUAAAACUAUUAAUACUACUACUAAUACUACUGCUAAUACUACUGCUACUACUAUUAAUGAUAUUAAAGAUAUUACAUUGCCAAAAAUUAUAAAUACAUUGCCAAACAAUAUAUGUAAUAAAUUAAAUAAGGAUACUAUCAAUGAUGAAAGAUUAUUACAUAAUCAUUAUAUUCAUGAUGAAUAUAUUCAACGUUCUAUGUGUAAUCAAUUAUAUCCUACAUUAACUAAUACAAAUAAUACUGAUGAUUAUAAUAUUACUAAUAAUGAUAAUAAUAGUAGUAUUACAAAUUAUUUAGUACAAAAAUCUGUCAGUAAACAAUCUAUAUCAAAUAUGAAUACAUUAAAUGAUUUAACAUGUUUCAAUAAUGGUUCUAAUCAUAUUGGUUUAUCAACUGAUUAUAGUAUAACUGGAUUAUUAGGUUUAACAAUGGCAGCAUCAAAUGGUUUUAAUACAUUAUAUGGAAAUGGAUAUACAUUUGGUGGGAAAAAUAAGAACUUAAAUUUAUUGAUUAAUGAUACAAUUGAAAAUUUUCAUAUCCAACAACAACAACAACAACAAGCAGAAGAAGAAGAAAGUGAACAACAAGGUCAUUUGAAUUUUGAGUUUUCACAUCAACAAAAUACAAUUACACAACAUUCAUCAUCUCUUCCUCAUCUUCAUCAUCAUCAUCAACAUCAACAUCGUCAUCAUCAUCAUCAUCAUGAUAAUAAUCAUACACAUGAUCCAGAGAAAUAUUCUGAUUAUGUACAACAACAUCAGAAUUUUCUUUCUUAUAAAUUAUCACAAAGUCUUAAUGUACAUCAUGAGAAUGUAAAUCAAAUUGAUGAAAAGAAUCAAUUGGAUAACAUAGAGUGUUCAACAUUAAGACCAGAAAUGUUUAAAAAUUAUAAUGGAUUAAUAAUUAAUAAUAAUACAUCUCAUAGAAAUGAUAUGAAUGAAAUUGUAGAAACAUUAUCCAUUUCAACAUCAACAUCAUCAUCGUCAUCAUCCUCUAUUUCAAUACCGAUAAUAGCAACAACAAUAGUAGAGAAAACAACUACAGUAAUGACAGAUACAGUAACACGACCACAAUUGUUCACAUCAUCAUCAUCAUCAUCAUCAUCGUUAAAAUUAAUCUCAAGUACACCAAUUCAUAAAAACAAAUUGAUAGGAAAAGAGCACAUUAAUGUACAUCGUAAAAAUAGAUUACAGAAUUUCGAAAUGAAAUGUACAGAUACUACAAAGUUAAUAACAGACUGUUCUUCAAUACCCACAUUAGAUCAUGAUUCGCCAACAAUAAUGAAGAAAUCUACUGAACAUAUUGACAAUUCUACAAUAACUGAUAGUAAAGAUGAACUAUAUAAUUCAUCAACAUCAUUUUCAUCAUCUUCAUCUCCAUCAUUUACCACAUUCAACAAUAAUGAAUCCGGAAUUUCAUUUAUAUUGCCGACAAAUUCAAAUCUUUCGAAUAAAUACUUAAAUCGAUUAUCGAAUAGAACUUCUACAAUAAGUGAUUCCUUAAAUUUUAUGGAUUCAACAUCAGAUAUUAAAGCUUUAUCAAAUAUAAAUCGAAAUAUUGAUCAAGGAAGAUUAUCAAAAUUUUCUGGAUCUGAAUUAAUGGCAAAAAUUCCAUGUAAUGAAACAAAUACAAUAUAUGGUCAUAUUGAACAAGAUUCUUUGUUAAAUAAUGAACCUGUAUUUAAUAAAGAUAAUUAUAAAGAUGGAUUCCAGUCAAAUAAUGAUUUAUCUAGAACAUAUAUGUCAUAUUUUAUACCUUCUUCUUCUUCUUCAUCAUCAUCUUCUUCACCCUCUUUUCAAUCAUCUCAUUUAACAACUAAUCUACCAGAAGUUCCUACAGAUAUUGUUAAAUUUCCAUUUUAUUUAAUGUCUGAGAAAGCAAAUAAUUCAUACUAUACACAAACAUAUACUAAUUUAGAUUUGAAUGAAACAGAUUGUAUAACAACAGAAUUUUUUUCUAGAUCAUUAACCGAUAGAAUUAAUAUACAUCGAAAUGAAAUAAAUGAUGAAGAGGAUGCUUCAAAUAAUAUUCCAUCAAAUCAUUGUAGAGAUACACCAGAAUUUCCAACACAAUAUUCAUUAAUCUGACAGAAAUAUUAAAAAUCUCAGAAAUAAGAAUUUUAAUAAUUAGCUUCGUUGUAUUUUAUUGUUAAAUUUUCAAAUACAAUUUCUCAUUGCACUAUUGAAACAACUUAUAACGAUGUAGUAGUGUUAUUUAGCACAGUAAAUUGAACAAACAGUUUUAACUACUUACAAUACAACAGUAGUUAAAUUAAUAUCACAAAAGAUUUUGAUGCCGAAAAACAAAACCUUUUUGUCAAAGUAAUAAGCACUUUUCAUAGAUGGAAGAACAAAUCGAAAUUUUGGAAUUAAUAUAUAUAUAUAUAUAUAUAUAUAUAUAUAUAUAUAUAUAUAUAUAUAUAUAUAUAUAUAUAUAUAUAUAUAUAUAUAUCUUUUAUCGUCAGUUUUAC